UGUCAGCAGAAGCUCCAGCAGAGAAUCCAGGAGAGAGAGAAGGAGCUGAAGGAGCUCCAACAGGCUGUGGAGUCUCUCAAGCACUCUGCACAGGCAGCAGUGGAGGACAGUGAUAGGAUCUUUACUGAGCUGAUCCACUCCAUUGAGAGAAGGUGCUCUGAGGUGAAGGAGCUGAUCAAAGAUCAGGAGAAGGCUCAAGUGAGUCAAGCUGAUGGACUCCUGGAGCAACUGGAGCAGGAGAUAGCUGAGCUGAGGAGGAGAAACACUGAGCUGGAGCAGCUCUCACACACAGAGGAUCACAUCCAUUUCCUCCAGAGUUAUCUGUCUCUCUCCAGUCCCAGUGUCUCUUCAGACUCACCCAGCAUUGAUAAACGUCCUCAGUUCCUUGGAGAUGUGAAAAUGGCUGUUUCUGAUGUCAGAGAGAAACUAGAAGACUUCCUUAAAGGAGAAUGGAUCAAGAUCUCCACCAUAGUGAAUUCAGUGAAUGAUGUACUGUCUCCAGAGCCCAAGAACAGAGAACACUUCUUACAAUAUUCCUGUCAGCUCACACUGGACCCAAACACAGCACAGAAAUCCCUCUCUCUGUCUGAGGGAAACAGAAAGGUGACAGUUGUUAAUGCUGUUAACGAUCCGAAUCCUGACCAUCCAGACAGAUUCACUGAUUGGUGGCAGGUCCUUUGUAGAGAGGGUUUGUCUGGACGCUGUUACUGGGAGGUGGAGGGUCAUCAUGGGACUGUUUUUACAGCAGUCUCAUAUAAAGACAUAAGUAGAAUACGGAUGGUUAAUGAUUCCAGAUUCGGAUACAAUGACAAGUCUUGGGGUCUAGAGUGCUCUAGUAAUGGUUAUCAUUUCAGACACAAUAAUAUUGAGACUAAAGUAUCAGGCCCUCAGUCCACCAGAGUAGGAGUGUACCUGGAUCACAAGGCAGGUACUCUGUCCUUCUACAGCAUCUCUGACACAAUGACCCUCCUCCACACAGUCGAAACCACGUUCACUAAACCCCUCUAUCCUGGGAUAUGGGUUGGGUACAAAAAUGAUUCUGCUGUGCUGUGUAAACUGUAGAGUUCCCCAUAUUAGAAUGACGGUUAAUGCUCUUAUAGUUUGGUAUGUACAAUUUAUUUUGAUUGAUUGAAUCUUUAAUUUAGUCUAGGUUUAAAUCAUAUCCAUAUUGAUGUAUUCUCACUUUGAUGAAGUCUAAACUAAAAAACGACUGCUGUAUUGUCUUUUUUUUAAAGAAACAUUAUUUGUUAAUUUCAAUAAAUUGUAUUAUUAUUUACCUAUUGAUCCUUGAAUGUGAAUCUGUUUAGUUUCCUCAAAUCUAUCCAGGCCUAUAUACUGUAUAUACUCUGAUGCUGCAGAUUUACUACUCAAUCAACCGUCCAGCAGAUGGUGAUAUACUGUAACAAACAAACAAUAUUAAACGUCUUGAUUUACCUCUUGCCACUCAGAAAACCACCAACAAUAAACAAUCUUUCUAUA